AUGCUAUGUUCUUCCAUAAACUGCUGUUGUGUCGAUGCUGCCGCCGCCGACAACCGCAGCGGGAAGCCCCGCGCCGACGAAAUUCAUCCAGCGCGAAAUCGCACUCUCUACUUCUCGCUGACCCACACACGCACGAAUAACUUUGGUUCCCUCGAGCAAUCAAGAACCAUGGCCGACUCCGUGCAACACGAUCAGUUAUCAGCAACUUCAGUAACUUCCGAGAAUUCAGCAUCCGAGCGCAUUGGCGCAUCCGAGCAGCCAGUCAACACUGCGGACUCCGAGUUCGGCAACGAAGAGACGCAAGACCUGGUAGAUUAUGUUGAAGAGCCGAAAGAGAUGGAAGAAUCUCGCGAAGAAGAGGCACAAGAUGCGGUAGAGUCCGCCGAGGACGAUAAGUACGAAUCUGAGUGGUCGGACACCGACGAGUUUGACGAGGGGGUGGAUCGCGAAGAGGACGAGACCACAGCAGCAAUGAUAGCACCAAACGCUAUCGGACAACAGGAAUUCGAAGCAUUCCAGAAGACGUGCCAGGAUGGCGUCGCCGACCUUCGAGUCAUGGGUCCUCGUCGACCUCGAGACCAUGACUGGUCUCAAGAAGAGGAAAUGCAAGAAGGUGACGAUUCAAGAGCGCUGGUUCUCUUCGAUCAGCCGAAGAUGUCUCGCUUCGCAAAGUACGUCGCCGAUACGGUCCAGUCACCCGAGAUCGCAGACGUGAUUCUCCAGAUCCUGGUCGCUUCGCAGCGGGCCGCGAAUCAGCGCAUGAGUGAUGGCGUGACGCAGCUGUCCCAGGCAUUGCAACUGGACAUUGACCAGCAACGCCUUCUCUUGGUUAAUCAGCGCUCUCUUUUCAGGACGGCGAUAGACAAGUACGAUCCAGAGCGGAUCGAACAAUCAGUGACGUCGGCGGUUGACGACAAGUUUUCGACUCUUCAGCGAAUGCUUGAUUCAGCAUCAGAACUACAAGUCGAUUGGCAAGGGCUGGUCCGAGCGAUGGAGCAAAUGGAUGCUCAUCGCAAGGACAUCACGAACCACUGCGACGCACAAGUCGAGCGAAUCCAGAACGAGUUGCAGACUUUGGCGCAACAGCGUGCCAACCUCCCUUCCCGAGGCUCGAAAGAACUGGACCGUCAAUAUUGGCGAUCAACAACUGGAGCACUCAGCUAUCGUUCGCGAUAUUCGAAAUCAGCUAAACGAUCGUCAAACGACUCCCGGGUCCUAAUGGACCUGGUCAACCGCGUCAACGGUCAAGAGGAAGAGCUCGCAGCCAUGAGCAAGGAGCAUAUCACGCUUCAGGGCAAGUUCAACGCAGUCUCCGAAGAGAACAAGGAGUUGCGUAACAAGACUGAAGCUUUGGAAGCGCGUCUUGAGGAACUCGAGAGGAAAGAGAAGGAUGCCACGAACGUGUCCAAUCAGCAAAUCGGGGUGCUGAAGACGAUCAGUACCAAGUCCAAGCAAGAGCAUGAAAACGUGUUCGCAGUCCUCUACAAGCACGAGCACAUCCUUCGUUCUAAUGGUAUGCUGUCACCAUUGCAACCCGAUGGCACAUCGCGGCCGGUACAAGCUCUGUUCCAGCUGGAUGAGGACAAGUUACAGGUCCCUGUCGAGCGUCUGGGUGAUGGAGGUUGGGCUCCCAAGCCGGGGGCUCAACCAUCUCCCCGAUAG